AUGAAAUCUAUUCCCCUCCUCUGUUUCUACCUCUGCCUGGCGCAGCAGGUUGCCUAUUCUUUUCAGGCUAGCAUUCAUCCGUUAGAAGGUUCUUCAUGACUCUCUCUCUCUCUCUCUUCCCGUAUCCUCAGCCCCGCUUCCCACAAGCCAAUGUUCGACACUUCCCGUGUAUUCAUUUCAUUACUAAACCUUCUUGUGUGGGUCUUGCAGUGGCGGCACUGAAAGCUAUCGCCAAGAAAUGGGGCAUCCGAUCCUUCGAUAAUACUACGAUAGAUUGCCGGCCAGACUACCCUGGGCCUGGCAACGAUGAUCUCCUCAUCUUCGACUGUGACUGCCCAUCAGGGAGCAUGUGCCGCGUGACAAAACUGUGAAGAACUCCUCCUCUGCACCACGUGAAGCCUCUCAACUUCUUGCCACUAAUUGGGUGAAAUUUUGUGGGGUGUUAGCAAGGUUUAUGCGCGGCAUGCUGGCCCAGUACCCAUGGAGCUCUUCGACCUUGCGGAGCUUACAACACUGUGAGCUAAUCAACAAAUUUCUUAAAAGAAAAUGAACGGAAAGUUCGUGAAAUUCCUUCAUUUCAACGCCUUUCUCACUUCAUCCCGGUAUGAUCUCUGCAGGGAUUUGAGUGGGAGCAUAUUGAACGGUUCAUUGCCUGCUGAAAUCGACAGCCUAUCCAAUCUGGAGUUUCUGUAACUGUUGGAAUUUUUUUGGCCUAAUCCUGACCCUUUUCUUACUUUGAGAACUAAAGUGACACAUGCUCAAUUGGUGAUUAAACAGGAACCUCAGCCAAAACUACCUUUCAGGUACCCUGCCACCACAACUUGGGAACUUGACCCAGUUGAAGUUCCUGUGAGUAAUAUAUGCUUAUGGCUCUUCUCAUCCUUUGAUUGUUGUGCGUCAAUGGGUCCAUUGCCUGCUGAAAUCGGCAGCUUGACCAAUCUGGAGUUUCUGUGACUGUUGCGAUUGUUUUGGCCUAAUCGUGAUCCUUUUUCUACAUUGGGAAUUAAAGUGACACAUGCUCAAUUGAUGAUUAAACAGGAACCUCAGCCACAACCACCUUUCAGGUGCGCUGCCACCACAGCUUGGGAACUUGACCCAGUUGAAGUUUCUGUGAGUAAUAUAUGCUUAUGGCUCUGCUCACCCUUUGAUUGUCGUGUGUCGAACGGUCCAUUGCCUGCUGAAAUCGGCAGCUUGUCCAAUCUGGAGUUUCUGUGACUGUUGCGACUGUUUUGGCCUAAUCGUGAUCCUUUUUCUACUUUGGGAAUUAAAGUGACACAUGCCCAAUUGGUGACUAAACAGGAACCUCAGCGAGAACAAGCUUUCAGGCACCCUGCCACCCCAGCUUGGCAGCUUGACCCAGUUGAAGUUUCUGUGAGUAAUAUAUGGUUACGGCUCUGCUCAUUCUUUGAUUGUCGUGUAGAGUCAGUUUUCUCUCCCAUCAAGAGAUAGGCUCCCUGGGGUCCUGCUGAAUAUACGUUCCUAUCCAGUAGAAGUAGGGGACCUCACUGCUUCGGAGAACUUGCACAUGUCAAGUGUUUUUCACUUGUUCACAGUUCUCUGGAAAGAUGGUGACGUCUCUCCAUGGUUGAACGUUAACUUUCUGAUAUCUUCUCACAUAAGCUUCUUGUAUGUUACUGAAGAAAAAGCAACUGAUUCAAUUUUUAAACUGUUAACUUACUCUGUGGACAUGUAGAUUUCAUCUUUCCUAUCAGUAGCCACGUAAAAGAGGGUAUUUUUGAGAAAAAUUAGUAAUUAUUCCUAUCAGGCUUCCUCUUAAUCAGUCUGAUCUUUUGUGCUUCUGAUACAUUAUUCAGAGCCUGACCAUCCCUCCUAGGAAACGGUAGAGUAUGAGUUCACUUCAGGUUAGGAAAGGGUACUAAUAGAUUAAAUAAUAAAUGUUUGCUGCAGUUCAGUUUUCUUUCUCUGCUGUUCUUCACUUACAAGUCGGUAAUUUGAAAAAUAACAGAGAUAGCAUCUUCAUGUAAGUUGAGGCCUAGCUAAUUAACUCGCAUCUACCCUCUAAAUCACUAAUUUGUAUUCCUUCACACUCAACAAGUGUCCUAUAAAUGUGAAUAAUGAAUGUAUUUAUGUCAAAAGGCCUUAUAUUAGUGUUGUGACCAUGAAUGUGAUCUACAGCUGACUGAAAUAUCCUCAUUAAGAAUAUUUACAAAUCGGUUGAUUAUUCACUGGCUAUGUGGAUUGUUCUACAUGCUCCAUAGGUUUGGUUACAAGGGAGGGGAUUUUAAGAUGUGGUUAUUUAAGAUAUUUGUGACACAUUUGAGUUUUUCAGUGUGAAAAUUUGUCUGCCAAAUUAUUUUAGAUUUGGAUCAUGAAGAAGAAAAUGCACCCAGAUGGGCUGACACAAAACUAAGCUUGGAGCAGAGACCAAAUCUAACCGUUCAAUAUGGGGUUGAAUUGUGGUUAUGCACAUUAUUUUAUCCUUUUGCUGUUGGAUAUCUGAGAAUGGAUAGCUGUUAAUAGAUAAUACUAUGAAUGUGUUUAACAUGUAUUUAUGAAUCUGUAACACGCAGAUCCAAUGGUCUCCAAAUUGGAGGAAAAGAAUUUCUACUAAUUCCAAGCCCAAGCCUUUCUAAGAUUGCUCAUUUGCUAGGGUUUAACGUCAACAUUGAGAAGUGAGUUUGGUCUGGGCUGAGGUUAAUAAAUUUUAUUUCUGAAUUGAAUAUUUAAAGGUGUCUUCUAGAGAUGCUUAUGUGGGUUUCGGCAUCGCAGAUGUAGUCGACUUACACUAAGUCCUUAGAUGUUGCCAAUGCAUCCGUGAAUUUGGAAGACAUCACUUGGGUUCACAAUGCGCCCAGAAAGUGCCCAAAGUGAUCUUUGAGAAAUCUCCAAUGAAAAAUAGUUUGGUAUAUGGCAUAUGGCAUAUUUCGUUGUUAAACAUUGUGAUCAUUAUGCUGAUUUCAUGAUGUAUAUAAUUAAAUUAUGUAAAAAUAAGUGAAUUAUAUGAAGUUCGCUCAAUGAUGGCGUCAUUAUUGGAUAGAGUCCUCUUUAUGUUCUCAAAAGAAGUUUCCUGCUUGGAAAUAUAGUGAGAAGAACAAGAGUACGAACCAGAGUAGAAAGGACUGAGGCGGGGGAGAGGGAGAGGGAGAGGGAGAGUAUGAAAAACAUUUUAAAACCUUGGAGUGUGAUUUUGUUCCUGGGAAAGUGUUCUUACUGAGAUAUGGAGUGAGAAGAAAAACAGGAGCAAGAGCAGAGGGGGGGGGGGGACAUAGAGUAUUAUGAAUUCCUCAUUGAAGAGAUUUUAACUGCAUCACCGAGAUGCAAGAUGAUCCGCAAAUUUUGAUAUUUUCUGGUCAUGCAAGAUAUUUGGGUAGAUGAAAGAAACGCAAAAACAAUUUUGAAAAAUGACAAUAGUGCUGUGUGCAAUGUGCCACAUUCAACUAUUGUUGUGGGAAUAUUAGGACUAGGGGCUGGGGUUUUUUGAACAUAGAUAAUACCUAAAAUCACCUAGUAUUUGAAACUAUAAUGCCCUAAACUCACUUUAUUGAGUUACACCAUAGAAAUGUUACCAAUUUCUUUUAAAAUAUGAAGACACCAUGUUUUUUAAUUUAUCUCGUGUUUUAUGCAUUUAUUUAUCUUAUGUGUAUUUUAAAGUGCAACUAAUGAUGACACUGAAGCUGGGACAAUAAAAGAUGACUCUAACACGGUUUUCAAAUUCACACGUUUUAAGCGAAAUAUUAGGUGGCUGAUAUCUCAAGAAAAAGAAAAGGAAAUGAAAAUAAUUGUAACCGUUUAUUCUAGAGAUGGACGACAGUCAUUUUCUCUUAAUCCGUUUCCAUUAUGCAAGGAUUUAAGUAUGAACGUGUUGAAUGAUUCAAUUCCUGAGGAAAUUGUCUAUCCUUUGGAUUUCGAGCAUCCGUAAUUGUUUUGAUAAUUCUAUGAUACUCUUAUCAUUCUUUCCUUUUGGAAAGGAUUACAAUGUGGACAUGUUUAACUAGUGGUAGAACAGGAACCCAAUUAUAAACAAGCUUUAGGUCCCACGUUACUUGACCUGGCAAAAUUUGAUUAAUUUGACACUGUUGUGAGAAAUUUUCGUUUAAGCUCGACUUAUUCUCUCAUUGUUCUAUACACGUUUCCCUGAGCGGAUGAGUUCUUGAACAGGGGAUAACUUGUUUCUCCUUGUUUUACAGAAGUUUGAGAUCAAACAGAUUCUCUGGUCCUAUCCCAAAGGAGCUUGGAGAGUUGAAUUCUUUAGAAGAACUGUGAGUGUAUCUUGUUGAAGUCAAAUCCAUUGAAGUUUGUUUCAUAUACUGGACUCUUUUGGGCUUCUGGUUCAUUUUUUUUGGGAUGUUAUUUGCUGUUCUCGAUGAGAAAUAGAAGAGCCAAGUUUUCUGUAGAAGAUGAUGGGGACUGAUUUAUCUUUUUUUCCUACUAAUCUACUUUUAGACACAUAGAUAGCAGUGGGCUUACUGGAGAGAUUCCUGCAGAACUUGGGAAGCUAAGUAAUCUUCGCACCAUGUAAGGAACUCUCUCCUUAGCAACUUAAAGUUACUGCAUAUAGACGGAAUGGAAUGAUUUUCUCGAAAGAUCAAAAUUCAAGAGAACUGCACUGUAAUAGUAGACACGUUCAGAUUUGUUGGGUUUGUGUCUGUUGCAGCUGGGCGUUUGACAACCUUUUUACGGGGAAGUUACCAGAGUUUUUCGGACGUCUUGUCAAACUUGAGGAGAUGUAAGCACAAUUUUCCUCUGAUCAUCAAUGGAAUAGGAUGCCUUUAAAGAGAUCCUUCACAUCGAGAUUUUUUUUAUUUCUAUUUUAUUUCAGGCGCAUUCAUGGAACAGAGCUGGAAGGACCCAUUCCAAGCAACUAUUCUUCUCUAACGAAUUUACGAGAGCUGUAAGUAUAUGGAUGUGGUACUAAAUAAGGAGUUCUUGAUUUUUAUUUCUUUCUCAUAAAUUCUAUAGGUUCUAAAUCUGGAUACUCAGAGAAAGUCUUAAAUGUUCGGAACUAGGUCUUCUAGUAUCUUGGAGAAGUUUGUAAGAUUGCAGAUCAGAAAAUAUGUAUUUCUAUGAAUCUUGACCAAACAACUGUUAACAAACAUACAGGAUACAUUCGUCCAUCCUGGUUAAUAAAAGUCCACAGCUUAUUCGUUUCAUCUCUUAUGUCACGUAACAUUGAAUAUUUGGAUUGUUUCAUUUAAACAUUUGGAGUUUUGUUCAUUGGGUAGCUUCCUCUUUGAAUUUUGUUGGAUCAAAAUAAAAGAACAUGAAAAAUCCCUUGGGAAGAAGCUUUUCUCUUAUUUUACGGCAAAUCAACUCAUUUUGUCACUAACAAUGGUAAAGGAAAUCAGACUAAUUGUCGAAGUCUAUAUACGAGGGUAAAAUACUUUGAUGGACUGAUAGAUAGACUGAUAUACAAACAGAUCGAAAGGCAGAGGGAUAUUGAGGAAAUCUUCACCUUAAAGUCAUGGUGCUUUUCUGAUUUUUUUUUUCUUAAGAAUGUUGAUAUAUCAAUAUCUGGAAAUCAGUGACACAGUUAUCUUUCAGUGAUCACUUUACCGUUCUAAGCUUCAAUCAUCAUUUACAAGCUGAUGAUAUUCUUAUUAUACCGGGUUCGAUCACUUUUUCAAAAACGGCAUCUAUGAAAUUUGGUGAAGAGGAACAUUGCUGGAUCACAGUGGUAUAAAUUUUAAUUCAUUUAAUUAUUACUUAAUGAACAACACGUUUAUCUUUCACAGGAGUCUUGGUGAUCUUACAAAGGUGGAUUCUACAGUUGCAUUCGUAGAAAGCCUGAAAAACUUGUCUAUCUUGUAAGAUAUUAUGUCCUUUUUUUUUUCUCCUAUUGACGAAAAAUCAUGAACUUAAAGCUAACACUCAUGGUGCAGAUCCUUGAGAAACUGUCUAAUAGUUGGUCCACUUCCCAAUAAACUGGAAUCCUUUCUGGAAUUGGUUUACUUGUAAGUUGACUUACUAUGAAACUAGUGAUAUCUUAUUUCUGAGUAAUGUUACAAUGUAUUGUGCUCUAGGUGAUGUCUCAUAUCAAUGGCUGAAAAUAACGUUUUUUCUAGUCAACUUUAAUGAUGAAUGAAGAGCUGCAGGUGAGAUGUCAUUUAAUCAUGUUGAUCCAGAGAAGAGAAUUGCUGGGAACAAAUUUAAAAGAAGAGAAAAGGAGGAACCUGACAAGGUCGAAAAAGACUACUAAACAUAGGGGAAAAUCUGCCUUCGAUGCAUAUUUCUAAUGCUAACACAUUAGACACUCUCAUAUUUGCGAACUGAGUGUGAGACUAGAUUCCUGAUUCUUUGAAAGGAAAAGCUUGUGGAAUCCUCACUUUAACAUAAAUGUACACGGGCACAUUUACAUUUGAUACUUGCUGAAGACUGCAUUUAAUUGUCAUUUUACAUGAGAAGAUUGAUAAAUGAUAGAUGAUUGGAACUCAGCCAGAUGCUUAACCAGUGACUAAUAUGAAUGUUUGAAUCGAAUUCCCCUUUCCAUUAGAGGAAUACCAUCAUUCUAUAAAACCAAAAUAUAUGCAUUUGUCCGUUUCCCAAAGAGUUAAUACCAGUUUUCCUUCUCUGAAAAAUGAAAUCCUUCGUCUAAGCCUACGUGCAGUUUAUUUCUUCUAGAUUUUUCUAUAUGAGUGGUUAUGAGUCCUGUACUAGUGCAUGUUCUCCUUUCUUUUAUAUGUGAAGGUUACCUAAUUUGAUAAUAAUUUUUUUGCUUCUGUAGCGUUUCUAAAUGGAACUUUUUAAUCUUAAUAAGAGUAGUAUUUGCGAAUGGCAUUGUGUGACAUCGCAUGAAGUGCCAUAGUGUAGUUUUUCCAGCCCUAGGAAACUCUCUUUCUAACAAUGAGGAUGGACUUCCUCUGUUUCAUGUUUCUGAAUGCUUUAAUUGCUAGGAAUGAUAUCAAUUGGCUAAUGCAGGGACUUGAGCUUCAACAAGUUGACAGGUCAUAUACCAGACUCCUUCCAGAAUUUAACAUCAAUACAAGCCCUGUAAGUUUUGUGUCUGAAAAGCUUGACUUUGUAGCUUCGUCCUUGAUGAGGUUGAAAGUGUCAUUUCAUUUCUUCCAACUUGAGAUUUCAGAGCAUGUGUUUUAUUUUUUAAUCUACAUGAAUUUCAAUUUAUAAAAUCUAUUCCCCCUGCAUCUUGUGUAACAUCAAAUGCAGUGAAGAGAAACACUGAGUCGCUUCUUAUAUGUGUGAUCCUAAAUUUGUACUAAACAGAAUUUUCAAUUUUUGUCAUUUCAUGUCGCUGAGCCAUCUUUGAGUUUAACCAUGUGCCUAGUAUCCAAUCUUCUGGGCUAAGUGAUAGUGGAUUGGCUGAGAGAAACCUCAACUCCUGGGAAAAUUAGAUGAAAUUUGGAGGAGAAACAUAUUUUCUUCUGUUACAACUUCAGCUUGUUCAAAUUACAUAAUUUUUACAUAUCCUCUUAGAAACAACUAAAUAGCUCCUUUUGUAAACCUCAAAACGACAAUGACCAUGGACAACGUUAUAUUAUAUGCAUUGAUACAGUUGGAAAUUCUAGGUCGUAAGAAAUAAUGUAAAAGGUUGAGGGUAUUUUGGGACAAAUUGUCUAAGGUUCCUCCUUAUAUAAAGGGUGUUAAAGGUGAAUGAAAAUUGAGGCAGUUGUUUGCUGUUCUCCACUCUGUCCUCUGUGGCAGAAGUUAUUCUUCUUGUUCCUAUGAUUUUUUGCAUGAUAUAAAAGCUUAAGUAAACCUUAGCACCACCACCACCAUUGAUGUCGUCACCGCUGCCACUGCCACCACCUUUGUUUGGCAUCUCUUCUCUAGAGGAGCACCAUUGCUGCCAACAUCAAUGUCUGGCAGUAUUUGGGAUCUCUUGUUUGGUGGUAUCUGCCAUCUCCCAUCAGCAGCCACCGUCACCAGUGCUGCCUCUAUUUGGCAUUGGCUUUGUUUGGCGUCCCUUGUUUGGGGAAGUGUCAUCGCCACUAUCUCUAACAUCCUCUACUAUCAUUUGUUGGAGGUAUUCACGUUGUGUUACUUUUCGGCAAAGUCUUCUGCCUAUGUUGAAUAUCUAUUCAGCGAGGGUUUCUACCUCUACUAAGUAUCUUUUUGGCUAGGGUUUUUGCCUUUGCCAAGUAUCUUUUCAGUGAAGGUUUCAACCUCUAUUAAAUAUCUUUAUGACAAGGGUCUCUACCUCUAUUGUGUUACUUUCCAGCGAGGUCUUAUAUCUCCGUUGAGUAGUAGAGGUUUCCUAAUUCUGCUGCGUAUCAUUUCGGCAAGGCUUUCUUCCUUUGUCAUGCUACUUUUUGGCGAAGUCUUCUGCCUCCGUUGAGUAUCUUUCUGACAUCAUUCCUAUGUAGUCAUCUAUGAGGUGUUUUCUUAGUCUAGUGUCGUCGUCCGUACUCUUCAAUCUGACUUCCUCUGUUCUGCAUCAGUCCAAUGUUCUCCCUAGUUGGCCACCAGAGUUUCCCAUAGUCUGUGUUGUUCUCACCUGUCUCAUAUGAUACUGUCCCUCCAUCUGGCAUUGUCCUUUCUCUGUCCGAGAAUGUUCUCUAUCUAGUGCCAUCUCGAGUGUGCCAAGGUCAUCUUGCAUCGUUUGACAUCACAAAGUAUUAUUGUCCUAUGAAGUAGGCCUACAAUGUCACAACCAAGCAGAAGAGGAGCUUUUUGACACUGUCACAGGGAGAGUUGUUGUCACAACCGAUCGUCAUUGUCACAAGUUUACUUUCUAACAAGUGAAUGCUCAACAAGGACUUAAUCAAGAUGAACUUUUUCAAAGUUAAUCAUGAGGGAGAGUGUUGGAAGUUCUAGGUCAUAAAGAAAUAAUGUAAAAGAUUGAAGGUUUUUGGAGACAGUUGUCUAAGGUUCCUCCUAUAUAAGUGAAUGGAAAUUGAGGUGGUUGUCCACUGUUCUCGUCUGUCUUCUGUAACAGAGGUUAUUCUUCUUGUUCCUAUGAUUUUCUAUAGAUGCCAAGGAAUCCAAAUUCAAAUGGAAGGAAAUUACUCUCUGUUUCAGAAAGCAUCCAUAUGCAUCUUUUUUCUUAGAACAAUUUGACCAAUUAUUCUAUGGUCAGUCUUUUCCGUCGUAGUAUCUCCUUGUUCAUUGACUUUGUUCCAUUUACUCUAUAAUCAAUUUUACUCGCUUAUUUUCUCUACCAAAUCCCUUCUAGAUGUGGUCUUCUAUGGUGUUCCAUAGGGCGACAUGCCAGCUUUUCAUGGUUAUCCUUGGUUCGCGAUCAAUUUCAGGUUUCUUGGAAGCAACAAUCUAUCUGGGCUUCUACCUCAGCAUAUUCUAGUGCCAUCAAUGACAACCUUGUAAGAAGCAGUGACAUGCACUCUCUCAUUUAUGUGAAGCAUAUUUUCAGCUAGCAUGAUGAAAAGCCAUCUAAUAGAACAUUUAUACUCUUCUUCUUAUUCUUCUUGGAUUUCCUGCUGGAAACGUGCAGAUAGCUGUUGGACUCUCAUAAACCAAUAUGCACUGUAUCAACAUAACUCUUGAUGCCCCUUUCUCUUUGUUGUAAUGGAAUUCGCUUCUUUUUAUCAUACUGGCAUCCAUGAGUGUUGACAUGAUUUUAUUGGCUUUCUUCGUUCUUCCUAUGGGAUUUGAUUUAUUAUGAUUGAGCUCAUACAAAGGCUUUGCAAAUUCAUUGCCUGUAUCCUCACACUUUAUUAGUAUUAAUUAAAUCAAACUAAUGAAGGGAUCCUCUUGAGUUGAUGAUCAGAAACAGAGCCUCAAAAUUUUUUUUGUGAUGCUCAGUUACAUGUGAAGACUCUUAAAUCAUGUUUAUAUGUAUUAACCUUGCACAAUAGAGAGCUUACUCUCCACAACAUGAAAACGGAUGAAAUUGGGCUUACAUCCUCCAGGCAAGCUUAUGGAACACUGAUGAAAACUUGGCAAUCUCUUUCAGAUUCCAAUGAUAACCUGUGAGUGUUCAUGAGACCUUUGACAUUUGAAUUGAAAAAGCAAGAUCCAGAGGCCUCAUUUUCAUAUCAUUUAAUUCCUUGAGAUAUCAAACUGGCAAUUACUUAUAUUUAGACCUCAGCAUGGUAAAGCCACAAAUCUCAAAACUUGAAAUGAAACAAGUAUAUUUCCUUCAGUUUUCUUUUGUUCACAGAUUUCAGCACGAAUUGACGUGGUCUUGACAGUUUGUACUUUUUUGUGGCAACUUGAUGUACCCUGAUGUCAACCCCUACGUAAUUUCUAUUUUCUAUCAGAUGUCAACACUUUUCUCAAAAGAGUUGACCUCGGUGAACCCAACGUUGUGUUUGCCAUAGGUGUCAACACUUGUCAUCCUAGAUGCCAGCUUGAGACAUGAUCUUCUUUUAGACUUUCUUUAUUGAUACUUUACGACCUUGUUGUUUAGAUUUAGACGAUCUAAUCUAUUUGAGUGCUUACAAUUAUUGGCAUUUGAGGAGAUUAUUUUUCUCUACGGUUGGCGAGCAAGGUGUUAAACCUUGGGUGAUCUUCUCGAAAAAUCCUUGUCCCAGUUGUUAGCAUUUCUUUAGCUUUUGAUAUCAAAUAACCUAAGUAAAUACUAACUAAGUUUGAACAAUUUUGGCCCAAAAAUUGAGUAGUCGUGAGCAUCGUAAUCAUUUUGCAUUAAUAAUUUUUUUUUGGAAAUUAGUUUGGCUCAUCAAAAUCAAGUUUUGUAAUGCUGCAACCUGGUUUUUAAACCUAAAAAGAGACUUAAGUGGAAAUGCUAGGUCAAAGGCCAUUUGAUGUUAGGAUCACGUCCAAUAGUCAGAGGCCAUUUUAUAGUAGAGAGCGAAACCUUGACCAUGAUGCCCUUGAGUUUGUCUGAUACAUGUAUGACGGAUCUAAAUCCAAACCCACUAUGGCAAUGCACCUCACUUCCUUGAUAUCAACCCAUUCAGGGGACUUGCCUCUAUGGUAGUGAACGGAUCCUCUUAGACUUUAUCUUUCUAAGUCUAUCUGUUCAAUGUGACAACAGGUCUGCCUUCUUGGGCUUGGGGCGGGCCUCUUAGUGAAUCCUUCCACCAUGGCUACUGACCAGGUUUCUUGGACUAGGGUGACAUUCAAACUCUGACAUUCGGAGCUUGGUAGAGAGGGAUCCACGCGAAUAAAAUAGUCAUAAACCAGACAGUAGGUAUUGGACGGUACAUUUGAUCAUACAGCACCAUGUUAGAGCGUGAAACAUGCAUUUUGCAAUUCAUUUUUUGAAGUGACGUUCAGAAAUUCAGAUGCCUGGCAUGUUGCAGCCAAAACUAAUGAAUCCCCUGAACUAGAAAUAAACACAGAUCUGCAUGGUCAUAUUACAUCUGAAGACAUAAGAGCAGGCUGGCUAGAUAUGAAAUCUAAAUAGCAUUAAAAAAGUGCCCGCUGGAUGCUCCUCUUCUGUUCUCACUCUGAUCUGGUUUUGGCUAAACUAGACCCAAUGAAGGGAAAUGUCAACCCCUUGAUAGAACAUAAAAGAAAAUACAAAGAAACCUGGAAGAGUUGCUCGCUGGUUGAGGAAGAAGAUGAUGUAGCCCAGGACACAAGUUGAAGUCUCAACAUCGAAUUUGAGCCCGAUUCCUAAAUUUGGGCCAUAAGUGACUUGUCACUUCAACAGAUGCAGCUUGUCCUUUUUCCGGAAUCCAAAUCAGACUGGUCACCGUUUCCAAUAAGAGGAGACCCCCCUUUUCUUCCUCACCAUAAGAUCACAUGUACCAUCUGACCCUGCAAGCUUCGGACAAAGUUUCAAUAGCAAAUAAAGGGGAGUCUUUAAAGCCUGUUGGAGCCUGGUUUAAGGCCCACGAGAGAUCAGAAAUUGUUUCAAGGAAAAACAAGAUGUUUCUUUUGCCCCUCCCAGGCGAUCAGAAAAAUAAAGAAAUGGUUGAUAUAUUCAAGAUAAUUGCGUAUUUAUAAAAUAAUUACCAUCUCAAUUCAUCCUAUUUCAUCAGAUCGGGGGUGUGAUAUGCUUUGAAAAUCUUUCUAACACCAGUUCAGCAGUGCCCCAUUGAAAUUCAGUACGAGGUAGGUGGUAAUGGUAGCUUUUACACUGUUGUUCUUCCUCCUCUUUGAAUCUUAUAUAUAUUUACACUGUACAUGCAUAUUAUAUAUCCUCCAUCUGAUUUUGGGCAGCCGGGUUUUUCUGUGUUUAUUCUUAUAAAUGGAUAAUCUCUUUGAUCACACAAAGCACCUCAGCGCUUCAGCUUUGUAGAAUCACAAAAAUGCAUGAUGUAAAUUUAUGAACUGUGUUUAACGCCUGGGUUUGCUCCCUUUCCUGUAGAGACAUCUCCUUCAAUCAGAUCACCGGGAGGUCUCCUCUGAACCAUAAUAGAUCGAAAUUAUCAGCGUAUGUUAAUAAGAACUUUUACAUUAUCACACGGCCAUGAUGCUUUCAGGGUUUGAAGAUUACUGUAUAACGAUUUGCAGGAAUUUUAUUGGCACCUCCGUUGACACAGACGAUCUGAGAUACAGGUAAUUAUGGUGCUUUGACUUCCGUAGUACUUCCGUUGUGUUCUGACUUUGUAAGCUUCAUAUAUGGAUAGGAACCUGAUAUAGUGUUUGAGUUUUGAUUCCAAGCUCUGCAUGGUCAUCUUGUUCUUUACUAAUUGAGUGAGGUGCAUCCCAUGUAGGCAAGAUGGGGACAUUUUAAGCUGCCUCAGAGCUGGUGCAUCGUGUAGUAGCAAAGAUGUGCCCUGUAAGUUUUUUCUACUUUUAGUAGUGAAUUAGAUUGAUCACGCAUCACUUUGCUGGGGCCAUUCUGGGUUUUGAAUCAUAACCAUCAGUGAAGUCUCUGUACCGUUGGUCGCCCAGUUCCUCUGAGUUUUCUUUUUUUUUUUCUUUUUAUAACUGGAGAAGCUUUCUCUCAUCCAUGGGAAUAAUAUAAACUGCGCUUUUCCAUUAUUCAGCAUUGCAUCUCUAAUCUCUCUCCCUCUCCUUCUCUUUCUGUGUGUGCAUCUCUCUCUCUCUCUCUCUCUCUCUCUCUCCGUCCCACUUCCUCUCCCUCUCUCUCUCUGUCUGCCUCUCUCUCUCUCUUUCUCUCCCUCUUUUUCUGUGUGUACCUCUCUCCCUCUCUAUCUUCUCUCUCUCUCUCUCGGUCUGUGGGCAGAGACCCAGAGCUCAGACCCAUCCUCUUUUUGCUUUCCGGCAGAUACAAACACCUCCAUCUCCAUCAACUGUGGGGGGCCCGAGCAAGAAUCUAACUCUGGAAUCAUCUUCUCCGCCGACUCCGAAGAUCUUGGAGCCGCCUCUUUCUACCUCGACCCGCAUCGGCCAUGGCUGGUGAGCAGCUCACGCUCGUACUUCCCCAGCUCCGCGAAAUCUGUAGCCGCCACAGACCUAAAGAUCGAGGGCACCUCAGAUCCCCAUCUGUACAAGACGGCGAGACUAUCCACCGGCUCCCUGAGGUAUUUUGCUCUCAGAAUGAAACCAGGGAACUACUCUGUGGAGCUCCACUUCGCUGAGAUAAUCUUGGAGGACGAUGAUGAUGGUGAUAUGCAGUCUUUGGUGGGCCCCGGGCGGCGGCUGUUCGACGUCUAUCUCCAGGUUUUUUUUGGGGGGGGGGGAGGGGAAGAAGAUAAAAAUCUGCUACUUUUAGCAAAAUUCCGACAGGAUAGUCCAAUGAAUGUGGUGUCCAUGAUGCAGGGUGUGAGGGUGCUGCGAGACUUCAACAUCCAGGCGGAGGCCAACGGGUCGAGGAGAGCCCUGGUCAAAGAGUUCACGGUCAACGUCAGCGUUGACGGGAUCGUUGACAUCCACUUCUUCUGGGCUGGAAGAGGGACAUGCUGCAUCCCCCGCCAGGGGACCUUCGGCCCGCUGGUGUCGGCCAUAAAUAUUUCCCGACGUCCGCAGCAAGCCCAACAUCUUUCGUUCAUUUAUUUUGACUUAUUUGUUCUGACUUCUUGGUGGGUUGUUGACUUUCGGAUCCGGUGUGGUGGGUUUAGAUCUCGAAGAUGAGGAGACGCCGGAAUCCGGCCGGAGGAAUAGCAGCGGCGGCGGCGGCGGCGGCGGCGGCGGCUUGAAGAAGGAGAUUGUGGUGGGGAUCGUCUUCGGUUGCGCCGCCGGGCUGCUCAUCUUAGCCUCUGUGUUGUACCUGUGGUGGAAGAAGGACGACGGAGAGGGUAGCAAGUGGGCGCACCGGGGAUUCUCCGAAGUCAACGAUGACUGA